CACAAAAAUAGUUUUGAUAAAUAUUUGGAAACAAAACCAAUGCUAAUGGUUCUAAAAUUGUUUAAAUGUAGUAGUCAACUCCUCAUUUCUGCCCAGUGAUACAAAGUAACCUUUUGAAUUAUGUUAUACAGUACUAAAAAGCUUAAGUGAACUAUCUUUCUUUGUCAUGAAAAUAGUUUUUCCAUAUUAUCGAUCGGUUACGAAAGACUAUUCAACUAUACGUAUAUUGUUCUGUACAUUGUAAAUUUUAUUUUAACUAGAUCCCAUAAUAAAGUCGCGUGAACACUGGUGAUUCAGCAAUCAGUAUAGAAGACUGUAUUGCUAACGUGGUUAAAAGAGUUAUGUGUUUACAGCUCCGAGUGUGCGUAAACGUACCAUAUAUUUUUUAAAAGAUCGCGGUUUAAGGUGAGCUACGGACACUUAAAUCAUGAGAUAAAUUUACUGAAGUGUGCCUGGAAUUUACGUCCAUGUAUUGUUGUUCUUUCCUUUCACGGCUGGGAGUCGGGAUGGCGAGCAUGAGUUCCACGCUCGUCGAGACGGUCUCCAUCAACUAUGAGGACUUUAACGAAAGCUUCCUCACCUGCGGCACCUGUUUAUGCACUUACGACGGUGGUGAGCACACUCCGAAACUGUUGCCGUGUUCACAUACAGUAUGUCUUCACUGUCUGACUCGAAUAGCUGCGUCGCAAACGAGAGAUGCGGGCAGCUUUAGAUGUCCUAUAUGCCGUGAGCUAAUUACCAUACCCCGUGGAGGAGUAGCAGCGUUACCGCCGUCUUUUCUCGUAAACCAGUUGUUAGAUUUAAUGGCCAGACAGAGGAGAGAGGUGAUACCGCAGUGCAGUUCGCAUCCCGGGAGGGAGUUGCUGUUUUGCGAGACUUGCGACUGCGUGUUCUGCAGACACUGUGCCGACGGGCCCCAUAGUGAUACGCCCUGUGAUCAUACCGUAGUGCCGUUUUCGAUAGCUUUAAAGAGAAUGUCUGAAAUACUUUUGUAUAGAGCCAAUGAGUGCCUGAGUAAGCUGGGCUCGGCUAGGGAAGCCGUAGCGAGUGAGUUGAGGAGGCUGGAGGCGGCGGCAUCGGCUGCCGACGAAGCGAUAGAUAGACACUUUACAGAAUUAAAGGCUGCAUUGGAUAAGCGUCAUAGUGAACUUAAAUCGGCUGCGCAGGCAGCUGCCACUCAUAAACGAAAGCUGCUGGAGGAACAGUUAAAAUUGAUUGAUGCUGAGAAAGCAAAGGUAGAGGCUGAAUGUUCGGGUCUUCAACAGCAAGUUGAGGUUAGAGAAGUCAGCAGUCGUGCAGCGGCGUUAGGGGCGAGACUCGGAGACGCGGCCGCUCUUGCAGAGCCCAGAGAGAAUGCGUUCUUGGCGGUGGACUUCGCACACAACAACGCUCAACAGAGGUUUGCCGAAGCGCUCGCAGAGUUGGGUCGAGUGCGUACCAGUACUACCUUUCCCGGGCUAUGUACUUUACAGUUAGAAUCAGCUUGUGUCUGCGGUCUGGAGAUGGUGGUAGUUCUGCGGACGGUGGACUACCACGGAGAGGCGAGAAGUACCGGAGGAGAUCCUGUAACGGCCGCCGCUACUUUAGACGAUGCGCCGCUGCCGUGUACUGUCACUGAUCUCGACUCCGGUCUCUAUAGAAUCUCAAUGCGUCCGUGGAGCGGCGGCGCCGUUUGCGUGCGCGUCUUAGUUUUCUCCCGCGGCGUGCGCGACUCGCCUUUGCGUGCGCAAGUGUUGCCCGCUGCGGUACCACUGCGUGUAUGGGGCACGAGGGGCUCCGGCAAGGAACAACUCAACCAGCCAGUCGCCGUGGCCAGAUGUCCGAAACGUCGGGAAAUUUACGUACUCGACGCCGGUAAUUCAAGAGUCAAAGUGUUGGACGACGAAACGUUUGCUUUCAAGACGCAUAUUGUAAAUGACGGUUUAGCGGGUAGAAGUUGCACAGGUAUAGCGGUCACGGCGGAAGGCGUGGUUGUUGUCAACUGGCGGACGAAGACUAUCACAGAGAUAAACAGCGAAGGGGUUACGGUACGAACUAUCCGUUCGGAGCGGCUUGUUGAACCGGUGUGUGUGGCAGCGCACGCGGCCUCAAGGCGUCUCGCCGUCGCGGACAACGGCGCACGCACUGUGUUCGUGUUCGACACGCACGGCAAUAUAGAGCGAGAGGUAGGUAACGGUGACCUCGGACUGGUAGGCGGUUUGGCUCUUACGGAAGAUAUGCUGGUGGUAGCAGACGUGGCCGUAAGAGUGUACGACUCGGAGGGGAAUCUGCAGACUACCCUCGCGCCGAUACCUAAAGGCCGCGGGGGUUACGGCGGUAUAGCGGUAGAGCACACGGAAGACGGUUGGCACAUCGUGUGCGCACGUUCCAUACGCGGUCGGCCCGCGCUGAUCGUUCUAGAAGCGGACGGCGCGGGCAGACUACUUGCGGCGUGUGAGCUCGCCGACAAGAAGCCGCGACGAGUGGCCGGCAUUGCACUACUGCCGAAGAAACGCGCGCUAUUGGCUGAUUUAGCGGGCGACUGUUUGAGACUGCACACCUAUUGGUGAAUGGAACGGCCUUACGCGGUGGUAUAUCGUGAGGAGCAAGGAGGGCGGGAGAAACGAAUUUCAUGCUAGUCCAAUAUUGUAACUGAGAAUCGAACUGGGCCAUAAUCGAGGACUGCGAGAAAACUCGUACCAAAGUCAUUGGCGUCGGCGACGCUGUAUCAUACGAUAUUCUUAGUACUUACAGUAUUUAUUUUGUUUAAGUUUUCUUAGUUAUGUAUGUGUUACGGGCAAAUUGAUAAUUCCGGCAUUUCGUAUAAAAAAUCGGUUAUUUCAAGUGGUCUUUUACACACACUUUACGAUGAACAAUGAAGCUUAAUGUUCUAUAAUCCAUGACAACUGGAAAAUCUGUAAUGUCGUAGUCAAGCCUUUUUUUCCCUUAUGACUUUUUUUUGUAUAGCUCGCCACGUUCUUUUCAAAUGCUAAGUUUUUGGUGACUACCACCGGUUCGAAUCACCAUUUUUAUAGCCAAGUUUAUUUUGCUAUAUUUUUUUGUGUUUAUGGCGAAAUAUAACUUCAGUUUGGAGGUGUUUUGGAUACGUAACUACGUACUAAAACGUACAGUGGCUUAAAUUUGCAUUAACUAUACAAAUAUAUAAACACUUAAUACCCCGAAGUUUUUAGAAUCGUUAAAUUAUUGAGUGGUCUUAUAGUUUUACUGAGUUAACAAGACUGCUUUAAAUUAUUGCUAUUACGGUUCCGGACACUGCAUAAACCCAAAUCGCCAUCUGAUUUUUUUACAUUGCCCGAUCAUUAAAAGCAACACCCGAAUAAUCACUGCCCGCAACAUAUAUUAUUAUUAAUUUUUUUUUAGGUACUUCGCUGUCGGAUUUUUCUACAUUACUUUUAUGUGACUGAUUUUCUUUUAUUGUCGCUUGCGACGCGACUUUUUAAUCGUUUAGUCAUUGAUUUGUCGUCGUGACUCCUAUCAUAUAUCUUUUUUGUCGUAGUUAUAGGUCGGGUCACGUAAAAAGGAUGUUCUAGAUGCGUAUUAGAUAAUAUAUACAAUUUUAUGCCAAGCAGUCGCCUUUUGUAUAUUGUAAAUUAAAGGGUAAGGACCAUUUUUUUUACAAAUACAUAAAUACGUGUGUUAAGUCAACAUUAAUGAUACAAAUUAUUAGUGAACGGAUUUGAAAAAAAAAUGCGAGGAGGUACUUUGAAUCCAAAGGAAAGAUAUAGAAAGCUAUUAAGUUUGGGAAAAUUGACAGUUUUUGUAAGGUUUGAAGAAACGGGGACGAAGUAAUGAAAACAUCGAGUUAUUGAAAAAUAAACAAAUCUUAACUUAUUUUGGCUUACAACACAAUAUAAGAAAUAAAGUUACCACACUAUAUUUUUUUAACUAGUUGCGUACUUCUAUGCACUAUAUUCAUUUUCAAGUUGAAUACAUUCUGUUGUUAUUUAUAAUUUGCAACCGUAAAAUAGCUGGUCCUGAAGCAUAAAAUAUGAUAAUUUCCUAAAUUACACAAAAAUUAUAUUCACUAUCAAAUACAACCGCGAGUACUUGUAUGGAAUAUGAGUUAUAUCAGCGCCCUUUUUACUUGGCGCGCCGUAAAUUUAUUAUAUUGAUUACAGGAUGUUAUGAUUUAUAA